CUAAUAUCAUUGAAAAAUGUUCAUCGUAUUUGUUUUAACGAUCACUACUAACAUUCACUCCAUAUAUAUAUUCACAAUAACAAAAACCAUAAUUUUUUUCUAAAUUUGUUAGAAUUAUUUUUUCUCUAUGUAUUCAAUUAUCUGUUACAAUAUGACAAAACAAUUAUCACAAUAUUCACCGUGCAUCGCACGGGUGUAUUACUAGUUAAACAUUAAAUCCAUAAUAAAAUAUUAACUGGUCAUCAUUAAAUAUUAAUUAAUGAAUUAAUUAACGAGGCCUUUAUUUAAGAAGUGGGUUAUAUAGGUCGAGUCCAAGUCAGCAAGCCCAAACCCAUCUUACCUGACAGAGGGACCUUUGCUCCGAUUUACUUCCGACAAUCAACCAACUUAACGGUGAUUUAAAAUGGAUGUGGGCCAUUGCAUCUUAGAUGGAAACACCGAUGCAGUUGAGUUUUGUCCUCAUGAUUCGUUCCAUAACGUGCUUGCUGCCUCCACUUACGUGCUUCAAGAGGGCGAUCCUCCCAGUCGAUCCGGUUGCAUAACCCUAUUCGACGUCGACGCUGAAAAUGGUCGGCUCGAGUUGGUUCAGAAAGUGGAAACAGGUGGCAUUUUCGAUAUUAAGUGGGCCCCGGUGCUCUCGGAGAAUCCAGCCGGCCCGCCUUUGCUUGCUCAAGCUGAUGCUGAUGGUUGUGUUAAGGUUUAUAGCCUGCAAACUUCUGAUUCAGAUGGUUCGAGAAUACGCAAUAAUACCCUAAAAGAAGUUUCCGGAAAAUGCAUCAGUUCUUCGAUGUGCUUGUGCAUCGACUGGAAUCAAUCCGCCACAUCAAUGGCGGUGGGCCAUUCAAACGGAUCGAUCUCCAUAGUCUCACUUAACGAAUCCGAAAUAAAUCUACUCCAAGAAUUUCAUGCCCACGAUUUCGAGGUUUGGGCAGCUUCAUUCGAUAUCCAACAGCCAAAACUCGUCUACACGGGCUCAGACGACUGCAAAUUCACCGGCUGGGAUUUACGAGACAACCCCUCGAACUUAGUUUUCCAAAACAAAAAAACCCACAAAAUGGGAAUUUGCUGCAUUGCAAAAAGCCCGUUCGAUCAAAACACUCUGCUCACCGGCAGUUACGAAGAGUGCUUGAGAAUAUGGGAUGUGAGAAACAUUUCGAUGCCUGUGUGUGAGUCUUCGAUAAGUCUUGGUGGAGGUGUUUGGAGAAUUAAGCACCAUCCGAUUAAAUCGGGAUUGGUUUUGAGUGCAUGUAUGCAUAAUGGAUUUGCUGUUGUUAAAUUCGAAGGGGGUGAAAUUCGAGUGGUGGAAAGGUAUAAUAAACAUGGCUCGCUUGCUUACGGAGCCGAUUGGCAAAGAGGGGAGAGUCGAGCCGUUGCUACUUGCUCGUUUUAUGAUCGGCUUGUUCGUGUGUGGAAACCCAAAGGUGAUAUAUUUUUAUGAUAGUCGAUUUUUUUUGUUUAAUUAUUUUUUUGGGAAAAAUAAUGUUUUUUUUUUUUUUUUUACAACUUUCUUGAAUGUUAUGAACACAUUUCUCAGUGAUUGUGGCUGCCUUUUUUAUUUUUAUUUUUCCAUA